AGGGGGAAGCCGUUCGUCGGCUCAAGCGGGGCGCCCUGCUGCAUUUGCGCGGCAGCCCGCCAUGCCGUCGUCGGUGGCGCGGGUUGCGCUGUUGCUUGGCCUGGCCGUUGCGCUCGUGGACGAGAACGGGCGCUACCAAUCCGGCCACGACAUCACGUCGCUGGCCCCCCCAGAGCCAACAGAGGCCGACAAGAGCGCAUCAGUAGACCUGUCCAAGCAGCCCAUUGAGAAGCUGUUCCGCUUGCUGGCGUACGAGCUCAUGAAGGAGGAGGAGAGGUUGCCAGAUCUGCGGCUCGGCGUGCGCGACUUCCAGGUGGCGACCGAGCUCGGCUGCCAGGAGCGCCUGGUUCUGAUCUUGCAAGAAACGCAGAACAUAUCCGAGGAGGUGCACUGGUAUCAUCUGAACGUGACGGGGACGGCGGGCCUCUACUGGCUCCUGCACGAGUACCCGGAAGAGCACAGCUGGGCCUGGCUGCUGCCCGCCUCGCACGACAAGGUGAUCCGCAGGGUGUCCAAGUAUCUCCUGGCGAUGGCAGCAGUGGCCGCGGACGACCAAGACAGCUGCCUGUCCGAGGGCUUCCGCGCCGUGCUGAUGAACGCGGCGGUCACCUGGAAGAAGAUCCACGGGGACUACGACGCGCUCUUGUGGAACGGGGUGGCCUUCGGUGCCCUAGGAGACGUAACGUCCUGGCGUGAAGUAGACGAGGACGGACAGGCAGAGAACGGUCCAGGUGGCCCUCCGCCAAACGUGAGCUGGUCGGAGAACGUGAUAUUCGGAAACAUGUGGAUCUCGUCGGUGCAGAAGUGGCUGGAGCACCACGCGCAGGAGGUGCUCGAGGCACUCCAGGUCGAGGUCGCGCGCAUGCGUGCCGGUAUCCUCCCUGGCCAGCACAAGCAGUGGAGCAAGAGCGAGGACGGCGUCGUGUCGUCGUUCGAGUGCAUGCGCCGCCAAAUUUUCGGCGGCUGGCAGGUGGAUAAGGGGCUUCUUCGCGGGCUUCUGCGCCACUGCCUGCGGCCAGACUACUCCAGCGCGCUGCGGCCCUCCGUCGCGGACUUCGGCGCCGGCGGCGGGGGCUACAGCCAGUGGCUGAACGACACCGGCCUGGCCGAGGCGUUUGCGUUCGACGCCGCCAACUCCAUCUACGAGAUCACCAGGGGGGCCGUGCUGGAGGUUAACCUGGGCAGCGCCGUGGAGCUCUGGCGGAAGUUCGACUGGGUCCUCUGCCUGGAGGUGGCGGCCCACGUGCCCGAGCCGCAGGCGCGCGCCCUGCUGGGCAACGCCGCCCGGCACGCCCUGCGCGGGCUCGUCGUGUCCUGGGCCGCGGUGGGCGGGGACGGCGGCGCGGCCGGCGGCCUCGAGGCACCCUUCGUCUCCCUCGUUGAGGAGGAGACUGGCUUCCUGCUUGACCGGGGCGCCACGCUCGUCCUCCGGGAGGGCUGUGAGUUCGCCCACAUCGCGCGGACCGUGGCGGUGUUCCGCGCGCCCUCGUAAUCAUAGUA